UUGCGGGUGCAAGCCGUGUGGAAGUUAAUUAGGACCGGGCAGCAGCAGCUCAAGUGCAAGUAAGAAUUUAUUAACGGAAAGGCAAAUAAACAGGAAUGGCAAGUGACACUAACAGGUAACCUAAACUGGGAAAACUAACAAAGCAAACCAGAAACGAAGAUGCAGGGAGGUCCGAGGAAACACAUAUGGAGAGACGCAGGGACAUCUAGGGGAACAACACAGACGAAACAGCAACUAACAGAGGCAGACACGAGGUUUAAAUACACAGAAGGAUAACGAGGGAAUGAGACACAAAAGGAGGGCACAGCUGGGAGUAAUCAGACCUGACGAGACAGGGGAAGAGUAAACUGAACACACUGAGAUAAGACAGAGACUUUUAAAGUAAAACAGGAAACACAUGCACGUAAUGACACCGACUCAAAACGCAGACUAAACACAGGGAUACACUGGUAGGAAAGAAUGAACACUAACCGAGGAAGAACAGAACCAAAAUUACAAUAAUAGAAAACACAAAACGCUGGGUCAAAAGGACCCAGGAUCAUGACAGUACCCCCCCCUCAAAGGCUGGCCCCAGACAGCCCAACAAGAAAACAAAAACAGCCAGAAAAACAGAAAACCCGACCAGGGCGGGCGGUGGGGGCCCAGGACGGAGGGCUCGGGGCAAAACAAAACCAGUGCACAAGAGGGACAAAAACCACAACACGAGCCACCACCAAAAAACAACAACAAAAGACGCACACUGGAGCCCCAAAAAACAAAGUCCAAAACAGAAGAGUUCAGGGGGCCGGCCAGGGGGCCGACCGCACAGAAGUCCCAACAGUUCCGGGGGCCGACCGUGCGGAAGGCCACGGUGGCGAUGUGGACCCAGGUCAGGGGGCCGGCCCGGGGGCCGACAACCCAGGAGCCCGGACAGUUCAGGGGGUCGGCCGUGAGGACGGCAGCGGCGCCGACGCGGGCACAGUUCAGGGGACCGGCCCGGGGGCCGAUAACACAGGAGCCCGGACAGUUCAGGGGGCCGGCCGUGAGGGAGGCAAUGGCGGCGACUCAGGCGAAGGCGGUCCGGGGGCCGCCCACGACGGCGAUGUCGCCUGGCCAGUGGCCUGGAAAGUGGCCAGUCAGCUGCAGACCCCGACAGGGUAGGACCAGGCGACGCUGAAG